UUAAUUUUGGGGUUUAAUUACUUCAUUUUGGUCAGUUGUCUACUCCCAUUUAUUCAGAAGGCUGCAAACUGUCACCCACGAUGAUGGUAAUUAUGAAGAUAUCUUGGUGUGUGAACUUAGACAUAGUGUCUUCACCCGUGUUGUUCCUUUUUUGAAAAAUCGCUUUUGACUCCGUUCUGUUUGGCGCUCUGCGGCCACCCUACUAUCGCGGUCGGGCUCCGGCACAACAGCGUGCGCAGCGCGACUUUGGACGCCCUGGCCGCCAGGGGGCAGCAGACACGGCGCAGCCACUUUCUUGACGUCACUGGGAAUUUCCAGCGAGGAAGUGGGGUUUUUUUCUUUUUUGUCGAGCGCCGCGGGACACUUUCCAGCGCUUCCGUUUUCUUCACCUUAUUUUCGCUCGUUCCGGACCCGGGCGCUUUCAUUAGUUUUCUCUCUGCCUUUGAGACUUUUCGCUAACAUUUCCACUGAACCGGCGGCCGCUGGAGGCGUGCGCGCUGCUGCACCCCCCCUCCCCCCGUUCCCCCUAUCGCCGGCCAACGAAGUAGAAGAGGCGCCGUCAAAGUCGCGCGGUGUCAAGUGGAGCGCGCGCGGCGCGCGGCGGCGGGGGUCCUGACGGUGACGAGCCCACGCAGGCACGAUGGCGGAAGACGACUCGUACCUGCAGGCGCACUUUCUAGAUAUGGAUACUUUUGCACCUUGGAUGGGAAUGGAGACCAUGAACAACUUCUCAUCGGUGUCGCACGCCACCUCGGCACGGAUCGUUGCAGUAGAUGGACCUUAUCUCCAGAUUGUGGAGCAGCCCAAACAGAGGGGGUUCCGCUUCCGCUACGGCUGCGAGGGGCCGUCCCAUGGGGGGCUCCCGGGAGCUUCCAGCGAAAGGAACAGGAGGUCGUAUCCUCAGGUGAAGAUUUGUAACUACCAGGGGCCGGCGCGAGUCGUGGUACAGCUGGUGACCUCCUCCGCAGAGCCACACUUCCACGCGCACAGCCUGGUGGGCAAGCAGUGCGAGAAGGGCGUCUGCAUCGCUGACCUGCCGCCCAAAGACACCAGCAUUAGCUUCCCCAACUUGGGCAUCCUCCACGUGACAAAGAAGAACGUGAGCAAAACCCUGGAGGAGCGGAUGACGGAGGCCUUUCGGAUGGGCUACAACUACGGCGUGGCCAUUCACCCAGAGAUAGACUGCCUGCAGGGGGAGGUUCGCAUCCCACGGGAAUUCACAGAGCAACAGAAGAGUCUGAUCAGCAGCGCGGCCGUGAACCAGGCCAAGGAGAUGGACCUGAGCGUGGUGCGGCUCAUGUUCACCGCCUUCCUGCCGGACAGCGACGGCGGCUACAGCCGCCGGCUGGACCCCGUCAUCUCGGAGCCCAUCUACGACAGCAAAGCGCCCAAUGCCUCAAACCUGAAGAUCGUGAGGAUGGACCGCACGGCGGGCUGCGUGACAGGCGGCGAGGAGGUCUACCUGCUGUGCGACAAGGUGCAAAAAGAUGACAUCCAGGUGCGCUUUUACGAGGAAGACGACACGGGCCAGGUGUGGGAGGCCUACGGGGACUUCUCCCCCACCGAUGUGCACAGGCAGUUUGCAAUCGUGUUCAAGACGCCCAAGUACCGGAACCUGAACCUGCAGAAGCCCAUCUCGGUGUUUGUCCAGCUGAAGCGGAAGUCGGACAACGAGACGAGCGAGCCGAAGCCGUUCACGUACCACCCGCAGGUGAUCGACAAGGAGGAGGUGCAGCGCAAGAGGCAGAAAACUCUGCCCAAUUUCCAGGACUACGGGCCGGCGGGAGGAAGCGGUGGCAUGUUCAGGGGCGGAGCGGGAGGAGGAGGAGGCCCGGCCGCCGGAGCAGGUCCUGGCACGGGAGCAGGCCCCUCCUACUAUCAGGGCUACGGCUACGGGACGGGCAGCUAUGGCAGCGGCUACUCCUUCUCCCAGGGCAGCGGCGGCACCGGGAUGAAACACGCCUCCCAGGGCCCGAGCGGCGACGACGACGGCAGCGGCCCCGGCGGUGAUGAUGACAGUGAGGACGAUGCCCCUGGGGCCGGGGGGGCCGCGUGCCUCCGUGGUCCGCCUGCGGCGGAUGAGGAGGAGAGACGGGAGACGGAGACCCCUUUGGCCGAACCCGAGCGAGCGGAUGGCCCGGAGGGGGACUCGAGCAUGUGCGCGCUGCAGGACGGGCUGCUGGAAACGGCCCGGCGACAAGCCCAGGCCCUCUUUCACUAUGCCAUGAGUGGGGAUGUGCGCAUGCUGCUGGCCCUGCAGCGUCCCCUGAUGACCAGCCAGGACGAGGACGGAGACACUUGCCUGCACCUGGGGGUCAUCCACAGCCGCACGACGGCGCUAUGCGGUCUGGCCCAGGUCAUCUCCGCCCUGCCCGGGGAGGACGUGGUGAACAUGAGGAACGACCUCUACCAGACGCCGCUGCACCUGGCCGUGGUCACGCAGCAGGAGGAGGCGGUGACCGCGCUGCUCGAGGCCGGGGCCGACGCCACCCUCGCCGACCGCCACGGCAACACGGCGCUGCACCUGGCCGCGCAGCAGAGCGACGGCAGGAUGGCGGCGCUGCUCCUGCAGCACCCACAGAUGGUCAAGCUCAUAGAGCAACCCAAUGCCACGGGGCUGUGCCCCAUCCACCUAGCCGUACAGGCCAGCAGCCUGGGCGCUCUCCGAGAGCUCCUCUCCGGCGGUGCCCACGUCGAGGCGCAGGAGCUGAGCAGCGGACGCACGGCCUUGCACCUGGCCACCGAGCGGGACGAUGUGUCGCUGGCCGGCUGCCUGCUGCUCGAGGGCAACGCGCACGUGGACUCUUGCACCUACGACGGCUCCACUCCGCUGCACGUCGCUGCUGGACGCGGCUCCGUCAAGCUGAGCGCUCUCCUGAUGGCUGCAGGGGCCGACCCGCACAAGGAGAACUGUGAGCCGCUGUACGACACCGAGGAGGACCGGUGUCCACCGGGGGAGGAUGAGGAGGGCGAGGAGGACGAAGGCUUCAUCCCAGGGACCACACCGCUGGAUAUAGCGCCGUGCACGGAGGUGUACGACAUUCUGAACGGCAAACGGUACCAGCCUAGCGCCGCGGUGGCUGCAGUUCCUCCUCAAGGGGACAUGAAGAGAUUGGGGGAGGACACGAGACGUGCGCUGUGCCACGCCCUGGAGCAGCCCACCUCGACAUGGGAGGGUCUGGCGCAGGCGCUGGGGCUCGGUGUGCUCAACAGCGCCUUCCGGUUGAGCGCGUCCCCCGCGCACACGCUGCUGGACAGCUAUGAGGUGUCGGGCGGCACGCUCAAAGAGCUGGAGGAGGCCCUGAGACUCCUGGGGAGCGCCUCUGCCUUGGACAUCCUGCAGGGGGCGCUAGUCGAGGCUGUGCCUUCGUCGGGCACAGCGGAAGAGCUGGCAGCGGCCGCCUUGGACGUGCUGGACCUGAAGGACAGGGGGGCGGAGGACGGCGGCAUCUGCGACAGCGGCGUCGAGACGUCCUACAUGAAGUCUGGCCUCAGCCUCUCCGGGUCGCUGUGCGGCCCACCCGGCUCGUCUUAGGGUCCGAACCCACGACGUACCGCCCCGUGGCUGCGGCGAAAGGCCCCGCUCCCCCCCCCGCCCCCCCGCACAGGUUGCCUGUCUCGCGAUGACAAACUGCCACCCGCUGUACAAGUCAGUCGUGUUGGGAGCAGCAGAAACGUUCUCAGCACCGUUGUAUUAUUGUUCCUCGCAUCAAAACUGUCAUGUAGAGGCGCAGAAGAGAGGCGAUCUUGUUGCCACUCGGAGCCCUCGGGUUAAACCGGGAAGUGCGAGAGAGGGGAACCCGGGGAGGGACGCUGGUUGGUGCGCAUGGACCAGCAUCUAUCGUUUGGCUUCGCUACAGAAAGACCCAGGGAGAAAUGAGGCUGCAGAGAUUUGGGUGAGACCUCCCCCCCCCCCUCCUGGUACUGGGGCAUUUUUUUUUUUUUGUUUAAUUAUAAUUAAAAUACCCGGAGACUGUGAAGCACCUGGUAUCUGAGUGUCCGACACAGGUGUGCUGCCCUCAUGGUAGCCCACCCCCACCCAGGAAGAGCACCAACAGCAGUGAGAUGCAAUGCUGUGAAAGUCCAGCGGAGGAACAGAAAGCUGUCCUGUGUUGAUGGCUCAGGCUCCAUAAAUUUGCAGUGCUUGGAUUUUGUACAUUUUUAUUAAUCCGUUCUUUACUUUUUAACCUUAUGUUCUUAUUGUGUGUGUGUGGG